AUGGACGAAGCCGUCGAUUUCAACAGCUGGAAAAUCAAGGGCUUUUGGCCAGUCGACACGAUGGGUUCAGGCUGUUCCAUCUACACCCGCCUGAGCUCAAAUCAAACUGGAAACCUGGACUAUCAGCUCCUUUCGCAGUGGCCAAAUAUGAACAACAGGGAGAAGAGAGGACUAAGAUGCGAGGAAUAUGGAUCCGAAUGGCUUUGGGCUCAGAGCUGGUGCAAAUUCGGAGCCAUCAGACCGGAAAGAUUCAGAAAUGCAUAUGAGUAUUUUGAAGCAACAAUAGGAAUCGCCCAACGAUUCAAAAUUGCCGAUGUUCUGGCGCUGGAAGAGAUCAAAGCUCACGAGGGACAGGCUUUUCUCUCUUUGCUGCGCUUUAAAUCGUUUGGUGCGAUCAGAUCUAUUAAGUUCUUUUCAAUCCACUGUACUUGCGAGCCAAGUCGCCGUCGAGAGGCUCAAAAACUCGAAGAAAUCCGCAUCUGUCUUGAUCGAAGCGGAAGUCCAGUUGACGCUAGAAUGUGUGGACUCAAAGACUGUUGUGGCUCUCACGAAGCAAUUUUCUACCCGCCACCACAUUCUCAACUAAGCCAAUCUGCCCAGUUGAAGAAAGAAUGCCCGAUGCACAAGUGCAGCAAUCAGCAAAUCUCCAAAAUCACUGGUAUUCCAUCCCCUGCGCUGGCAGACUUGGAACGUGGCGGAGAACUGGCACCUGAGGAGUCACGUCCAGGAUUGAUCGUUGGGAUUACUUUCGGAGUUUUAUUCUCCUUCGCCAUAAUUGGCACGCUCAUUUAUAUGCGAGUAGGAAGCGAGUCUAAAAAUCGAGAGCCGCUGCCACUCGAGCAGAAUAAUUUGAGCAACAACAACAAUACGAAUCAAUCAAAUAUUCUUCAACAAAUUUGGAACACAUCUGGUAUCAUGCAGUUUAAGCAACCAGACCCGAACUACGUCGCAACUCAGCCUUAUUCAACAGCAAAUCAGUAUGGAAACAAUCAAAAUUUUUGUGAUGCUCAAAAUAUCCCCUUAUCACAAAUGGAAAUGAACCACCUUGGAGCUCAGCGGGUUAAUUACGAGCAUACUUCGAUACGCUCAAAUUAUAGCCAUCACACGAUUCCAGGUUAUGCUGGUUCUGCUUCGUUUCCUCCAAGAUAA